CAAUUGUUAAGCCUCUUGGUUUUGUAAAUUUCGUUACGCAGUGAUUUAGUGAUUAAAGCCAAAAUGCCAAUGUUACCAACAAUAGAGGAAGAGGCCAAGUUGUCCUGGCUUCGCGUCAUGUGGAAAUAUCGCCUACAAUUCCAUUCGAUGGCCUCCGCCUCGAUUGUUUUCGUCGGCUGUGGAAUGCGUUUGGCCUGGUCUAUCUUUGAUACUCCCGCUGGGAAGUUCCUGAAUAACAACAAUACCCACAACCUGAUGAUGAGCUGGUUCAUUGGAGCUGCGUUGGGUGCCCUUUUGGCAGCUUUAUUUGUCCAGCGAGUGACGAAAAAUGUGGCAUAUACCUCCAGUGGCUUUCUGAUGAUCAUAGCUGGAGUUUUGAAUAUUGCGCUUCCCCAGCACUUUCUGGCUGCCUGCUAUAGUAGCGUGAGUGUAGGAGCCGCAUACGGAUUGACCCAAAUCCAAGCUCUGGUCACAGGAUCCGAAGUGGCUCACAAAUCCAUUCGGGGUAUGCUCCUUAGCUGUGAGAAGAUAUUCCUUUGGCUGGGAGUCUCGGUGCAAGUGUUCUACACUCGUGUUUGGCGCCACUGGAGGCCAUUGGAUUCUCAGGGCUACGAGAUGCACAUUGAUCAGUUGCAUGGAAUAGCAUUGGCUGGAUUGGGAUUAGGAGCUGUUAUACUGGCAAUAGCCCAUCGACUGGAAUCACCAUUACUGCUAUUGCAUCAGGAACGAGAUAUGGCAGUGGGUGAGACGUUGAAAGCCUUGCAUGGACAAUCUACCACGGAGUUGGUGAGGCUGAGAGAAGAUUGCAGACAAUUGCAUAGUGCUCGGGACUGGGAGCGUUUUGUAGAGGAGCCAGAUGAAUCAGUACCAGGUUGGAGGAUCUGGGCAAGACGUCUUCUACCCUUCUUCAAGGUUCUGCUACUAAGAUGCUUUGCCGCCUUGGCCAUAUCAUUGAGCUACAAUCGAGCCUUUGUGGUGGUCAGUUGGCAUGGCCUGGAAUGCGAUAUGAGCUGUAUGUAUUGGCUGGCAUUUUCCGGUCUUAUAGGCAGUAUCCUUGGAGCUUUUGUAGUCGAUUGGCAGGGUCGCAGGAAACUGUGUUCCCUGUCCCUAUUUAUGGCAGGCAUUGUCAUUGUGAUGGUUGGAGGAGUUUUCGAGCAUCUAGAGUCUGUGAAGAGAUCCUUCUAUGAUGUAAAUCUACUGGCCAUUGCCCUUUUAAUGCUAUUAUUCGAGGUGUUAGUAUCAGGGGGCGUGGCAGUGCCAGCCUUAAUCUAUACAGCUGAGGCAUUUAGCAUUGCCCACAAGGCAAGAUGCUUGGCUGGGAUCCUGAUCCUAGAGCAAAUGCUCCAGUUGGGCCUUCUCCUGGCCACCUUCGAGCACUAUAUCACCACUUCGGUGUUCUUCUUCUCGAUCGGCGGUCUUAGUUUUAUAGUCGGCUUAAUCGUAUUUAUGUUUAUGCCAGAGACCAAGCAAAUGACACUCUAUGAAUGCCUGCUCAAGUUCAAGAAGGUUCCUUAAGGCCUCGCCGUAUCUAUAAGUGCUAAGUAUCUGUUAUAUACACCUAUCUGUUAUCUAUUUAUACGUACUCUACUUUAUAUAUUCUAUUCCCACGCGUGAUCGCUCGUGUGCAUAUCAUUAUCUAUCGCUUGUCUAUAUUUUGCCAAUCUGGUAACCUCAUAAAAUAAGUGAUUAUCUAAGCUGGGAAACCCUUCUAAUUAAUUCACUAAGUGCCUUACUCUCUUAUUUACUGUAUAAAAUAUUAAUAAUUUUAUUUAAUUUAUUAGUUU